GGCAACAUGGCGCUGCUGAGGAGACUGGCUGGUAAAUGUUUUGGGCUGCUGAAGGAUCCUCCCAGGGGGUUGUUUUGUGGUGGUUCACAACCAGGCUGGACUGAAAGAUGCAUAGGGGCAAAGAGGCAUUUGUUAUCAGAAGAUGUCAUUAAACUGCAAGACUUCCAGCAAAGAAAGCUGGCGGUGGCUCACCUCAUUACCGGUUCAGAAGGAAAUUAUAUAGAGUUGUUCAGACAGAAAAUGCAAAGGAAUGAGCUGAUUCUCCGAGAUGAGCUGAAGCUUCUCCUUCACUUGUGCCAGUCUGCAGACGACAUGCAGGUUGCCAGAGAAGCCAUCAAUAGGUAUCAUGCAGAGAAUCGUAACUUGCUGUAUGGAGACUUCAAGUUUGGGCCUCUCUUCAUGAGAUUGUGCUACGAGCUGGGUUUGGAGCACAUGGCGACUGCAACACUAACAGAUAAGAAUCUAAAAGGAUUUUUCAUUGACACAACCUCUUUUAACAUUGCCAUGGACAUGUUAUUCAUUAAAGGCUGGUAUGAAAGUGCUAUGGAGGUACUAAGAAGCAUGAGGAGUCAAGGUGUACCCUUCAACAAAGACACUGUGACACUGGCGACUGCUACCUGCUAUAAAUUGAACACUGCAGAGUCCUACAGGAUCUGCACUACUCUGAUAGAAGAAGAGCAGACCAAAGGGAACUUCAUCCCCAGGCAUGCACACUGCUUUUCUGUCGCAUUAGCACUAAGACAGAAUGACCUAGAGAAGGCGCAAACUUUGUAUUCACAAAUUAUGAACACUGACAGCAAAUUGUGCCAAAAUAUUAAGGUUUUAAUAAAAGCAAUGUUGGGAAAAUUUGUAGAUGCCAUUUCCAUCCUGUCAGCAGCCAUGUUACCUAAAAGCCCAUAUUUUGUGAAAAAGACUGAGUUUUCACAGGAAGUGGUGGAUCUCCUCCGUUUGCGAAGUGAGGGUGGACCACACGAGUUAAACGUCGACCAGAUAGUGACUCGGCUCGAGCAAGCCUCUCAGGUGACUCGGCAGACCCUCGAUGACAUGCUUUGCCGAACGCCAACAGGAAAGAGGAAACCAGCACCGAUGGAAGAGCAGAGGAGGACCAGCCGAAGGACGCUGAAACCUCUGCAGUCCACUCUGUGGUCAGAGUGAAGCCUGGAGACGGUCACAGUUGAUGUGGCCUCCAGUGAUGGACUUUCAAGGCUGUUAUUGAUACUUGAUGAUCAUGAACUCUUUGCUCGCCAAUGCAGUUAUGAUACGUGAACAGUAAUAAGCUGACGGAUGCAAACGUGAAGAUUUGACAGCUUUAUUUUUCUAUUACAACGCUAACAUUCAGAUAGCCUUCGCCAGUUCAAGUGAAUUUAUUUAGUAAUAUUUUUUAUAUAGUUUUCUUUUUGUAAACUACUCUAAUUAGGAACCAGAUUUCAUUGUCAAGUAUAGAUGGCUACAAAAACAUUUAAUUAAAUCAACUCACAACAGCUAAUGGUCAUUUAAAGCUACUGAGUGUUGCUGUUUUAGAAAAGUUCGCAUCAGUUUUAUCACUUCUUUGCAGGUAUAUUGUUCAUCAUAAGCAGCUCAGAUUAUCUACCUGUUCUAAAAUAUCCAAACGAUCUGCAGAAAGUAUUUCAACUUCCCUGUUCUUCACAAGAAAGUCGUUAAAAGAAGUAAAGCCAUCUAAAUACAGGAAUGGUAGAUCUGCUGUCAAGGACCUCGUAUUAAUGUAGUGAAUGAUUUUGGGAGGAUCAGGUUUUGUAUAUUCAGUACAAAUGUGUGAAUGAGUGAUAUAAAUUGAAAAUGUUAUUUAUUAAUUAAAAAAAGCACAGAUGGUAGAAAGCUACCUUUUUUUUGUUUGUGUU